CCAUUGAGGAAAUCGUGAGGUGUUAACGUUGUGACAGAAAUUUGUAUUUGAUGACUAUAGUGUAACAAUAAAUAUUAUUUAUACCACAAUGUUUAUCUCAACUAAUAUUUAUGAUGAUGCAAACCGGUAAUAAAUUCUUUCACAGAAUAAAUUCGAUUAAAUGAGGAAAAAACUGUGCUACACACAUUUUGGCACGUUAUUAUAAUUGUAAGGUUCCACAAUCUUGCAAACUUAACCUCGCGCAGAAAGUGAUAAGAACAACAGUUUAUUAUCUAUUUCGUAUCGGAAUGUGGAGAAACACAGUGCUGUCGACAAAACAACAAAUUGAAUAUCCAUCGUAUCAUAAAAAUCUUUGACCUGUGGUUCAACUGUCAUGGAUAAUCAUUCUAUUCGCAUAAACUAUACCCAGAGCUCUAAAGAUGCAGAAGAAAUAACUAUGGUAUUUGAUAAUCCACUGAAACAGCAUGACCUGAAGAAACGUGAAGGGGAAGCUCUACUGAUCACUGAUACAAAAGGUGGACUGUUUAAUCCUAGAGCACUUUUGUUCUUGAUACUCUGGUAUGUCUUCAGUGGAUGUACAUUAUUCCUGAACAAAUACAUACUGUCGUACAUGGAAGGAGAUCCCACCAUACUAGGUGCUUGUCAAAUGUUGAUGACAGCAAUCUGUGGAUUUAUUCAGAUGUACUUUCCAUGUGGUAUGUAUCGUGCAAGCUCACGUUUAAUGAGACCACCUGGCUUUUAUAAACAUAUGAUACUUGUUGGAUGCACUCGAUUCACAACAGUUGUUUUGGGAUUGGUCGCUCUCAAUUAUGUAGCUGUCAGUUUCACUGAAACUAUUAAAAGUAGUGCACCACUUUUUACUGUAUUAAUUAGCAGAUAUCUACUAGGUGAGCAUACUGGUCUCUAUGUUAAUUUAUCAUUAAUACCUGUAAUGGGAGGUCUUGCCCUCUGUUCUGCCAACGAAAUAAGUUUUGAUUUGAGAGGAUUUGUAGCAGCGAUGGCCACGAAUUUAACAGAAUGUUUACAAAACGUUUAUUCAAAGAUGCUAAUAAGCGGUGAUAAUUUUAAAUACACGCCUGCAGAGCUUCAAUUUUAUACCAGUCUAGCAUCCAUAGUGGUACAAAUACCAGUUUCAAUAUUACUGGUAGAUUUACCAACUCUAGAGCAUUCCCUAUCUUUCAAAUUAUUCUCUGCAUUCCUUCUCAAUGGAGUGUUCUUCCAUUUUCAAAGCAUUACUGCUUAUGUACUUAUGGAUUAUAUUAGUCCCGUCACGCAUAGUGUUGCCAAUACGGCUAAGAGAGCAUUUUUAAUUUGGCUUUCCGUAUUGUUAUUCAAUAAUCCGGUAACUGGCUUAUCGGCUCUAGGAACUUCAUUAGUAAUUAUUGGAGUAUUGUUAUACAAUCGGGCACAGCAGUACGAUAGAAUGAAAAGUGCAAAAGUGAGGAGUACUUCGAAAGUAAAUUUACAAUGAUACGUAAAAAAUGUAUAAAUGUUAUGUGAACCUUAAAAUGGAGUGCAUGAAAUGAGCAGAUGCUGAUGCAGAUCGAAUAUUUAAUAAAUUUAUGUCAAUUAUUGGCAUCUUCUCGAGAAUGUGUUCCAAACUGUAAAAUACAUUUUUAUGAUUUUAUUUAAUACUCCAAAUAUAUGCAUUGCAAUGGAGAGUAAAAUAGUCGGAAGAAAGGUUCACAGCACGUUUAAUGUAUUCUUUAUAGGUUAGACAUACAGAAGAUUAUUUUAUUAAUUAAUUUAUUAUUGAUUGCCAACACCAGUGGGCCAAGUACUGUUAGUCGAAAUAGAUAUAGCAUAAUAUCUGAUAAAUCAUCACUUAAUCAAAAGUCUUUUCUAAUAACGGUACAUGUAACUUAAGGAAUCGUUUACUGAUAAAUAGCAUUUAUAUGAUUUUUAUAAAUAACAUUCCUGUGUCCAAUUUAUUUAGUAGCAUCGUUCAGCUAAGGCAUAUUCAACUUAAUAUGCAAUAAGCAUUAAACGAAUCCACAAUUCAAUUUAAGUAUUAUUUUUUUCCGGUAACGGUCAUGUGUCCAUGUUAAAGUCCUUGCGCAAAGCCUUAAAAGUGUCCAAAUAUUAAGGACAUUUGUAAUCGGCUUUAUACGUCGAAAUAUGUACGUCGGGAAACUAUUGUCCUAGGACUCUAAUGAAAUAAAAAUAAUUUAUAUCGAA